UAGUUGCCUCUGUUAAUAACCUAAGUAUACAUUUCAUCAGAAAUAGAAGUAGAACUAGUGUAUUUCGGCGUGGUUACACGGCAAGCUUACCUAGCUGCCGGGUGGCAAUGGGCUCCCGCGGCGACGACGAGGAGCAGCCGGCUGCCGUGCCCCUCCUAGCGGCGGCCUACCCAACUCCGAGCGGCCUGAGACGGAGCCACGCCGGCGACGUUCACCUCCUGUCGGCCGCCUUCCUCUUCGUCUUCUCCGCCUACCUCCCCACGCAGAACCUGCAGAGCACACUCAACACCGAGGGCAACCUGGGCGCCGUGUCCAUGGGGAUCCUGUACGCCUCCUUCACCGUGUUCACGGCGACGGCGGCGGCCGUGGUGCGGCGGCUGGGGUCGAGGGGCGCGCUCGUCGUCUGCACCAGCGGCUACGCGCUCUUCAUCCUCGCCAACCUCCUCCCAACGUGGUACACGAUGGUGCCGGCUUCAGUCUACCUGGGUUUUACUUCAUCCCUCAUGUGGGUUGGCCAGAUUAAAAUCUUGGAACUUUUGAUCAUGUUCAUGUAUACCUUUUGUACAUGA